GGGCUGGGGCAUGCAGCAGCCAACUCGGCACAGCAAGCAGGAAGUGGUUUCCUUUCUCCGCUGACCUCCCCCCGCCACUAUAUAUACCUCCCGCUCUCUCCUUCAUUCGCCAUUAUCAUUUCCAUUCCACCGAAGAUCCCAGAAACAAGCCAAUAGCCCAAUAGGCAAUAGCUAGAGGUCUCUUCGUUGCGCUGCUAGUACACAUAAAAGCAAGAGCGAGAGCGAGAGAGAGAGAGAAGAAGAAGAAGAUGAGGCCGGGGAGAGAUGGUGGAGGUGUUUCGGCGAAGCUAACGGGCGGCGCAGGCGGGGCCCCGCCGAGCCUAUGGAAGACGCCGACCCCAUACGUCUUCCUAGGCCUGGCCUUCAUGAUGUGCGUCAUCGCGACGGCUCUGCUCGUGCUCAUCUGCACGCGCAAGAAGGCGUCGUCCUCGCGGCGGCGGGAUGAUGGGGCGGCCGACGAGAGGGCGGCGCUCGCGCCGCUGGACCGCGAGCCCAAGGUCGUCGUCUUCAUGCCCGGCGACCGCGCGCAGCCGUCCUUCCUCGCCAGCGUCAAGCCGCUCGGCGGCGGCGGUGAUGAUGGCACGGCGGCAGCGUAGCCGCCAGAGGGGGAGAGAGGAGGACAAAAGAGGCCAGCCCCGCGCGCGUCGAACUCGAACCGAGCCGAGCCGAGCCGGCGACGCGGGGACAAUUUUGUGGAUAGAUAUUAGAUAGUAAUAGUAUGAGUGUGUAUUUUUGAGACGGAGUUUGGUUUGGCUCAAAAGAUCCCAUGCAUCUUCAAUAAACGCGUGCGGCCUUUUGGUUUGGCUGCGUGUGCGCGUUCAGGUUGGAUCCAA